AUGAAUAACGGUGAACAUGAGAAGAGAUCCGACUCUAUGGAUGAGUACAAAUGGGUCCAGGCAGAAAUGGGCGAGACGAGUAGCACAGCCAAAAACAUCUGCUUCGCUUCCUCGUCGAAAGAGGCACAAGAGGAUGUGUGCAUAUCUAACCGAACGACGGAAAAUGACAACGAUAAGGAGGAACUACCGGGUGAGUACUUUUCCUCAUCGGAUGGGUCCGCAAGGGAAUGUUACGGUGGGGCGGAUGAAAGGGGUUCCGACCCUAUGGUCUGCAGUCCUAAUGGACAGGACAACCUUGCCCUGUCAAACAACCUAGCUGCUCCCCACUUUAGUAGCUACUCAGAUCCCACCCUUGACCGACCUCCCCACGGUGAACAAAAAAAUAGUGGAGUAGUCAAAAUAUGCAUCAGCAGCGCCAGCGGAAUGGGUGGAGAGUCCUUCCCUAAUGGCCCUGAGGGGGAGGGCUCCCCGCAGUGUUACGACGAGAAGAUGUUGUCCCCGGUUUAUAAGGGAGAGGGGAACCACACCACCAAUCAGCACACAAGGGAAUGCUCUGCGAACGACGCAAAAAUGAACGCAGUGAACGAACUUAUGCGAAACAUAAGACAAUUCAACCACUCCAUGCAGUCCAUAUCGUCCACCAGUGAUACGCUCUUUCAACAGAACCUCUCCAAAAUGUAUUCAGAACUUGCAUCUACUAAAAAUUUAGAAUCCCUCAGUGGGUUCUAUGAAGAACUUCCCCCUAGUGGACCUAUAUCAAAGGAAGUUCAACAGAAACAAAUGCAUGACUUACCAACAGGGAAAGAAGCAGACACCGCUGUCAACAUUUAUCAAAACAUCUACAACGAUUGCAAAAACCAAACUAGCUGUGCUGACGAAAGGGAAAGACAAGACACACUCAACGACAUGGAAGAGCAGUGGAAAGAACAACGUGAGAAGGAUACUCCAGGAAACAAAUACUCCAUGGGUGAAAUCAGUCCCUUACAUCUGUCAAAGAAGGACUCCAAUGGUAUUUCAUCGAAUCAGUGGGAACAAAUGAAGAGGAGCUUCUGUGAUAUUGAAAAUAAUUUAAUGCACCUCAGUAGGGCCACCAUGGGUCCUACUGUGAUGGGUUCUGCCAUGAUGGACACUAUACGGUUAGAGGCGGAUGGGGCAUACCGAGCGUUUACCGGAGGGGUCAGCUCUCCCACCACACCAAACCUUUCAUACGAGACGAUCGACAUGGAAAAAUGGAACUCCUCUAACGAGUUCUUCCCCACAAUGGACUACACGGUUGUUCAAUCGAGGCAUAUAAACCUGGACAUCGCAGGUUCCCCCAAGGAAGUUCCGUUAAGCAUCGCCUCCCCCAAAGUGAUCCCCCCAAGUGUGGCCUCACCCAAGGCGGCUCCGCUACGUGUGCCUUCCCCUAGGGCGAAGCUGACCAAACUAAACCUCGGGAAAGCUAACAAUCUGCAAGGUCAUCUGUUCGCCAAGGAGGAGGAAGAUCCCGUCAAAAUGGAACCUGUCAAAAUGGAACCUGUCAAAAUGGAACCUGUCAAAAUGGAACCUGUCAAAGUGGAACCUGUUAAAGUGGAUCCCGUCAAAGUGGAGUUCAGCAAAAGCCAGAGCACGAUGCCCAAAAUCAAAUCUCCCAGAAACGUUGCCAGGGGUACUUCCAACAAAACCAUAGUGAGUGCACCAAAAAUUGUAAAGCUAAAAAGUAAAGCACCAAACGAGACGGCGAAGACACCAAAGAUGAUGAAGCGGAACAGCGACGGAUGUGGCAGUGCUGGUGGGGUCAAACCAGAGGGAAAAGCUACCACAACUCCGACCUCUGCAGUUAUUAGUACCAAUACAUCCUCCGUCACAUCUGCAAACCAUGGGGCGGUCUCCAACGUAUCACAUCCAAAUGCUGGGUCCCCAACACACCAAACCAUCCCCACAUGUGCAACAAAACAGACCAAUAAAAAUGAAAAAGGCGGCUCUACAGAAAAGGAUGUAACGUACAACAUGAACGUGGUUAUCAGGUGCAGACCAAUGAGUGCUAGCGAAAAGAACGAAGGCGCAAAAAAUGUAAUAAAAAUAUUAGACAAUAAAAUGAUAGUGCUUCUAGAUCCUUCAGAUAAUUCAGAUAAUGUACUGAGACAAAAUAGAAGCCGAGAAAAAAAGUAUGUCUUCGAUUACGUCUUCGAUGAGACUAGUUCCCAAGAAGAUGUAUACAAGAACAGCGUUAAGUGUUUGAUAGAUGCAGUGAUCGCAGGGUAUAAUUCCACAGUCUUUGCUUAUGGAGCAACAGGCGCAGGAAAAACGCAUACUAUUAUAGGACAUAAGAAUGAACCCGGAAUCAUGAACAUGAUUCUGAGAGACUUAUUUGAUAGAAUCAAAAAGAUGGAAGUAAUGAAUGAGUACAAAGUCAAGUGUUCUUUCAUUGAGAUUUACAAUGAAAAUAUAUGCGAUCUGCUGAAUCCGUCUGAUGAGUACCUAGAUGUAAGAGAAGAUCCCAUUAAAGGAGUUACCGUGUCAAACAUUUUCGAGGUCUGUACUACAUCUGUGGAAGAAAUUAUGGAACUAAUACAUACGGGGAAUAAAAAUAGAACCCAAGAACCCACAGAUGCAAACAAAACAAGUUCUAGAAGUCAUGGAGUUUUACAAGUAAUCGUAGAGGAAACAGAAAAGGGACAAGGGAUCUACCAACAAACGAAAAGGGGAAAGUUAUGUGUCAUCGAUUUAGCAGGAAGUGAAAGAGCAAGCCAAACAAAUAACAAAGGGAUGAGACUCUUGGAAGGAGCUAAUAUUAACAGAUCACUUCUAGCCUUAGGGAAUGUAAUCAAUGCACUAGUGUCCAGAAGCAAAGGAACAAGCAAAUCUAAUUUUAUACCUUUUAGAGACAGUAAGCUUACUCGCUUACUGAAGGACUCUCUAGGAGGAAACUGCAAAACCGUCAUGAUAGCCAAUGUGAGCCCCUCCCAUCUAUCCUAUGAAGACACACACAACACUCUCAAGUAUGCCAAUAGAGCGAAGAACAUAAAAAAUGUCGUGACAUCUAACGUGGUCGUGGUGAAGCAACACCUCACCAUGUACAUCGACGUCAUCGAAAAACUCAAAAGUGAAAUCGAAUUCUUAAAAGAACAGUUACAUGAGAAGGGGAAGAUGAAUGACUACAUCAGUUCCACGUCCACCAACUUCGACUACUACGACCAACUGAAAGAGUACGAACGGAACUGCUCCAGAGAGGAGCUCUUGAACAUUAUCUCCACGUUGAAGCGAGAGAACCAACGCCUCCGAAUGGGCGAGGGUGUAGACGCGACGGAUGUGACAGGCGCGACAGAUGCGAUAGAUGUGACAGAUGUGAUAGAUGCAACAGAUGCGGCUGAUGUAGCAGACAUGCGUGGUGCGGAUGACCCUGUUGGGAACGCUGGACAGAUGCACUUACAUCACGAUGAGGAAAUAACAAAACAUCAACAAGAGUUGAGUGAUUUGAGAGCCGUCAACGAGAAGCUAUUCGUCGACAACAAGAGGUUCCACGAAAAGCUUCAGGAGUACAUGCAAAUUUCCCACAACCUGCGCGUCCUGAAUGAGGAGUACAAGCGGCAGAUAGACGGGUUCAAGGCCAUGAUGCACAACAGCGACGCCAACCACGUCGAGAUAAAGAAGAAGCUCGAUGACCUGCGCAAGAAAUACGAGCAGCUCAAGGAAAACACGGAGGAUAAAGAGAACGACGACGUGUUCGACAAAUGGAAAAAGGAACUAACCAAAGUGUUGGACGAGAGGAAAAAGAUAAAGUCAGUCAUCCUAAGUGUCGAGAGGAGACUCAUCACGAACAAGGAAGUUGGGGCGGGUACCUUUUCCGAGGCGGAACUCCGCGGGCUGUACCAGAAGAAAAGCAAAAUGGACGAGGAACUGCAGAGGAACAUCCUGCAAACAAACGAGUUGCUAAAGGAGCUCCCCCUCCAGAUAAAGGACGAGAAGACGAAAAACUUCCUGUUUCUAUUUUACACAAACAAAGUACUCCUGCAGGAGAAGGAGGAGCUACAGGAAUUCUUCGAGCUCUCAUCAACUAUCAUUAGCCAGAAGGAGAAACAAAUUAGCAGCUUGAAGGAUCAAUUAAAAAUGACUGACGCCUGUCCCCCGCUAAAGAUGUGA